UGUGUGACGUCACUUUGGCGCCCAAUUGUUCGUCUUUGAGCGCGCGUGUUCAUCCGUUUCCGCGAAUGACGACAUUCUACACUGAAAAUUACUAAAAGUCUAAAAUUCUGACGGGAUUUUACUUGAUAUUAAACAUGCAGCGAAGUAUAUCGUCUUUCUUUCAGCCAAAGAAGUUUAAAGAGAAGGAUGGCCUGCCAACAGGGAGCUCUGAGUCAGUUAAAAGCCCCCUCAGGCCUCAGAACAUUGAUCCGGAAUGUGAGUCACCAGUGAAGAUGAGUAAACGGAGUCGAGCAAUCAUAGACAGUGAUGAUGAAGAGCCGCAGACUUUAAAAGAUGUCUCCAAACAGAAUGGAAAGCAAGCAGCCACACCAGUUAGCCUUGUUAAGGACAUGACCAGUCCGCCCUCUGCAAAGCCCGUUGUUACCAUGACAGCCUCUGUUGUUUCGGGAACUUCUGACACACUUGAAAUGCCUGUUACCCCAAAUUCCACUUCACCCUCUGGCAUCCCCAAACGCAAAACUGCCCGUAAGCAGUUUCCCAAGAGAAAAUUGGAUAGCAGGAGUGAUGGAGAGAGAGAAAAAGAAGAGGAUGGAAAAGAGACCGAGGGAGGACAGGAGAGUAAACGAGCAAAAACAGAAAGAGAUGUUGAACAAAUGGUGACUGAUGAAGAGGCUGUGGAGGUGGAGGAAAAGAACAGCAAUACAAUGAAGAAAGAACUGCUUAAAGCAAAGGAUGAGGAAAAAAUGAAUGUGACUAAUGCUGAGAAACAGAAUCAACGACAGAGCGAUGAAAAUGAACAGGAAGGAGAGACGCAAGAGGCGAAUGGAUUGAAAAAGGAUACAAAGGAGGAAAAAGGCAGUCCUGAAAGAGUGAUGGAGAAGGAUGCUGGGGCUGAGAAGAUAGGGGGAGCUGCUAAGAAAAAAGCCAUCAACAGUUUCUUUGCACCCAGAAAACCUGCAGUAAAGCUGGAAAAAUCAGAAGAGAAAAGUGAUGUACAGAAGAACGAUGGUGAAAAGCCUGAAGCUGCGACUGUUUCUGAUAAGAAAGAAAAGAACGGUGAUAAGAAUAUGGAACUUGCAAACCAGAGACAAUAUGAUCCUUCUAAAGCUCACUAUCAUCCCAUUGAUGAUGCUUGCUGGAAUAAGAGUCAGAGAGUUCCAUAUCUUGCUGUUGCUCGAACCUUUGAGAAGAUUGAAGAAGAUUCUGGCAGGUUGAGAAACAUUGAGACACUGUCCAACUUUUUACGCUCUGUUAUCCUGCUCUCUCCAGAUGACCUCUUAUGCUGUGUGUACCUAUGUCAAAAUCAGCUUGGUCCUGCGCACCAGGGGCUAGAGCUAGGUGUGGGGGAAACGGUACUGAUGAAGGCUGUUGCCCAGGCAACUGGGCGUCAGUUGGACAAAAUCAAGACUGAGGCCCAAGAAAAAGGUGACCUGGGAUUGGUAGCUGAGAGUUCCCGUAGUAAUCAGAGAAUGAUGUUUGCACCAGCAAAUCUGACUGCUAUGGGUGUGUUUAGUAAACUGAAGGAGAUUGGCAACAUGAGCGGAAACUCUGCAAUGAAUAAGAAAAUUGACAUAAUUAAGGGUCUGUUUGUGGCUUGUCGUUUCUCAGAGGCUAGAUACAUUGUACGGUCAUUAGCAGGCAAAUUGAGGAUUGGAUUGGCUGAGCAGAGUGUUUUAGCAGCUCUAAGUCAAGCAGUAUGUCUAAGUCCACCAGGUCAAGAAUUCCCGCCAGCUGUGACUGAUGCAGGAAAGAGGAUGAGUGCAGAGAGCAGGAGAGCAUGGCUUGAGGAAAAAGGUCUUAUCCUUAAGCAGACUUACUGUGAAAUGCCAAAUUAUGAUGCCAUUAUUCCUGUCUUGUUAAAGUUUGGCAUAGAUGAACUGCCCAAUCACUGCAGACUUACUCCAGGUGUGCCACUGCGCCCCAUGUUAGCUCAUCCAACUAAGGGAGUAGGGGAGGUGAUGAAAAGGUUUGAUGAAGCUGCUUUCACUUGUGAAUACAAGUAUGAUGGCGAGAGAGCACAGAUUCACAUCCUUGAGAGUGGUGAGGUUUAUGUUUUUAGCCGAAACCAAGAGGACAACACCAGCAAAUACCCUGACAUCAUUUCGCGGAUCCCGCAGAUAAAGCAGAAAUCUGUUCUUAGCUGUGUCUUGGACUCUGAGGUGGUUGCAUGGGACAGAGAGAAAAAGCAGAUUCAACCCUUUCAAGUUCUUACCACACGCAAACGGAAGGAUGUGGAAGCAUCUGAGAUUAAGGUGCAGGUUUGUGUGUAUGCCUUUGACCUGCUCUACUUAAAUGGAGAGUCUCUGGUACGGGAGCCAUUUAUUAAGCGCCGAGCUUUGUUAAGACAGAGUUUCAUGGAGAAGGAGGGAGAGUUUGUCUUUGCUUGUUAUCUUGACUCUGACAGCACCGAAUCCAUAGCAGAGUUCCUGGAGCAAUCCAUACGAGACUCUUGCGAAGGCUUGAUGGUCAAAACCCUGGAGAAAGACGCCACCUAUGAAAUUGCCAAGCGCUCUCAUAACUGGCUUAAGCUGAAGAAGGAUUAUCUGGAAGGUGUGGGUGACACAGUGGAUCUGUGUGUGCUUGGUGCCUAUCUAGGGAAGGGGAAGAGAGCCGGUAGUUAUGGGGGUUUCCUGCUUGGCUGCUAUGAUGAAGAGAAUGAGGAGUUUCAGUCUGUCUGUAAGAUAGGAACAGGUUUCAAAGAUGAAGAUCUGGAGCAGCAUUACAAUUUCUUAAAGGAGCACAUCCUCCCCAAGCCCCGCCCCUACUACAGAGUGGAUCAAACCGCAGAGCCGGAUGUUUGGCUGGAUGCUGUACAAGUUUGGGAAGUGAAGUGUGCUGACCUGUCACUGUCUCCAGUUUACAAGGCAGCAAUGGGAUUGGUGGACCCAGACAAAGGGAUUUCCCUUCGCUUUCCCCGAUUCCUUCGCAUAAGAGAUGACAAAAAACCAGAGGAUGCUACUACAGGAGCACAGAUUGCUGAUCUCUACAGAAAGCAGCAGCAGAUUCAGAAUCAAGGAGAAAAGGCUGAUUUAGAGGAUUACUACUGAUAGUUGCCUUUUGUUUGGCUUUUGCACUCUCAGAUUUACAUGUAGCUGAUAAAGUUUGGACAGACUAUUCAUGCACACUGUAUCAUUUAUUAAAGUUUUCUAAUUCUGUAAUUGUUUUAAAUGAAAGUACAAAAUUAAAAUUGUGCAUAGGGUAAAGAUCCCAAAUAAAACCUUUU